CUCACGUCUCCGAGUCUUUGGGUGCACUUGUUUCGUACUUCUUCCCCGUAAGGAACGUACUAAGCUAUAUUCCAAGACGUCUCGUUGUGUUUUCCUCGGCUAUAGUGACAUUCACAAUGGAUAUUUAUGUUAUGACCCGAGUCUCCAACGUCUUCGUAUCUCUUGUGAUGUUGUUUUUUUUAGCGUCUUAUGUCUUUCUCUAGCCCCCCCUGAGGAAUCUCCAUUGUUUUCGUCUGAGGUGACCUGACUGCCCGUUUUUGACGACGAUGAUGAAAUAGAUGAUGACCACACGCUCCCCCCCCCCCCCCGAUUCGCCUGCCCCAUCGUCCCCAGGUGCCAGCUCUACCUCUUCAUCGCCAGGGUCCUCGUCUGCGGGUUCUUCGUCGGGCUCGUCCACUUCAUCGGACUCCAUGUCUCAGACCCCUUCGCCUCCGGUUCUUCGUCGAUCUCUUCGGUCUACUCAAGGCCAGAUUCCAGUUCGGUAUCAUGAUUUUGUCACGUAUCAUGUGGAUGCUCUCACUAUUCCGACUUCUUAUAAACACGCUAAGGAUGAUCCAGGCUGUAAUGAUGCAAUGAACGAGGAGUUUGAUGCCCUCCAUGCACAGCAUACGUGGGCGGUAGUGGACCGUCCUCCACCGUCAGUUCCGAUCUUGGGUAAUCGAUGGGUUUAUGCCCUAAAAAUGAAGGCGGAUGGCACUUUGGAGCGCAAGCGAGCACGUCUUGUGGUUCAGGGGUUUGGGCAAGAAUAUGGCCUUGAUUAUGAUGAAACGUUUGCCCCGGUAGCGAAGAUGCAAACAGUUCGAACUCUCUUGGCAGUGGCUGCGCUUAAACAUUGGCCUCUGUUUCAGCUCGAUGUGAAGAAUGCGUUUCUUCACGGUGAUUUAAAGGAGGUUGUUUAUAUGAAACGUCCUCCUGGUUAUACGGUUGGUCGUGAUGAUCAGGUUUGCCUAUUACAACGCUCUCUCUAUGGUCUCAAACAGGCACCUCGUGCCUGGUUUGAGAAAUUUCAGUCGACAGUGAUUGCUCUGGGGUUUCAGCAGAGCAGAAAUGAUCCCUCACUAUUUUUACAGUCUACUUCGGCGGGUUGUAUUGUGCUCCUUCUCUAUGUCGAUGACAUGAUCAUCACAGGCGAUGAUGUGCUUGGCAUCCAGAGGUUGAAGAAAGGUCUUCAUGCAUCAUUCACAUUAAAGGAGUUGGGGUCUUUAUCCUAUUUUCUUGGCUUGGAAAUCACUCGAUCUCCCCAUGGGAUUCUCCUAAGUCAACGGAAAUAUAUCACUGACCUUUUAUCAUCCACUCAGUUUGCCGAUUGCAUUCCAGUUUCUACUCCCAUGGAAGCCAAUCUUCAUCUUAGCCGUGAGUCUGGUGUACCCCUGGUUAAUCCGUCGCAGUAUCGUCAUAUUGUUGGCAGUUUGAUGUACCUGACACAUACUCGCCCAGACAUUUCCUUUGCAGUUCAUGUGGUGAGUCAGUUUAUGUCUGAUUCACGCGUUGAUCACCUUGCUGCGGUGCAUAGGAUACUUCGUUACUUGCAGGGUUCUCGUGACGUCAGGUUGUUUAUCCCGUCUACUGGUGAUUGUACUUUGCGCGCAUACUCCGAUUCUGACUAUGCCGGCUGUGUUGAUUCUCGACGUUCGACUACAGGAUGGUGUGUUCAAUUUGGUGGUACUUUUAUCAACUGGCGGUGUCGCAAGCAGGAUAGAGUAUCCAAGUCUUCUACCGAAGCGGAAUAUCGAGCAAUGUCAGACGUGGCUUCUGAGCUAGUAUGGAUGCAGCGGUUACUCUCUGACUUGGGGAUUUCUUGUCCGUCGCCCAUUACUCUUCACGUCGACAACACCAGUGCAAUUCAGAUUGCCGAUAAACCGGUUUUGCAUGAUCGCACGAAACAUAUUGAGAUUCACGUUCAUUAUAUACGGGACUUGGUAGUUGAAGGUUUCAUUGUGGUUUGAUAUGUUCCUUCCACGGACCAGUUGGCUGAUUUGUUCACUAAGCCUUUCCAUCGUUCUCGCCAUUGUUAUCUUACUGACAAAUUGAUGCUUAGGGACCAGCAUCAAUUUGGGGGAGGCUGUUAGAAGAUUAGGCCCAUACUUUUGUAUAUAGUCCAUUGUAUAUAGCCCAUUAGCGAGUUUCGGUUGUAUGAGGUGUUGUGGCCGAGAGUUUAGCCCUAGCAGGAGUCUUGGAGAGCUAGGGCUGGCGGCAUCUAUUUAGAGAGCAGCAUCACGUUGUAAACAGGCAAGCAAAACAAUAAUAAGAUUCAAGCUCGGAGAGUUCUAGCUCUCCCGUGGAAUAGUCCCGAUAUCGGGGAAACCACGUAAAUCGUGUCUCGUGCUUUCCUCUUUGUUUUCGUAUACGUUUUGUGAUAAGAGUGUUUUGAUAUUAACAGUAUAGUCAAAUCUCAAGCGAUGUAAACGCCCCAAAACACUAGAAAAAUACGGGUUGAAAACAUAUGCAAUUAGACCCGAAUCACAAUUGCAUACCUUUUCCUUUGAAUUAAUCUGGCGCUGCUGGAAGCUUCUACACCACCUUCAAUUGACGGCUCCUGAACUUUGUCGCAAUUUUUCUUCUUUCGCCAGCGACCAAGGAAGAAUACAUGAUAAAACAAACAAAGAAAGAGAUGAAAAUGUGAAGGGAUCCAAUAAGAGCACAUAUAGAUUUACAACGUCAAAGAUUAAAUUGAAAAUAAAAAAUCAAAGAUAAAAAACGAGUCACUUUCAAUUGUCUACCCAACCAGCUCCAAAGUAAUUCCAAUUGUUCACUAAUUCGCCAAAUUACAUUUUCCCAUACCCUAAGUGCUUCAUCCAAAUUUGGACUACCAAAUGAGUCCAUUAGCAAAACUCAAUGGUCGUAUGGUAGUGUGAACGCAAGAGUAUAGCGUACUCUUGACGCACGCUAGCUUGAACUAUAUAUGUGUGGGUGGUGGGUGGGGGGCGGUGAUCAGGUUGGGGUACGCUAAAUAUUAGUGUUUUGGUUGACAAAUUUUAACAUAAGUUCUAAUGGGACUUGACAUAGACAUAAUUUAUGAUUAGAAAGCCGGAACAUCAGAAGUGAGUGUGCUAAAUAUUGGAAAUUUUCAAUAUAGACAUACUACAAACUCAUUUAUGAAUCAAGAACAAAAAAUAUUUAGAAGAUCCAAAAUAAUUUAAACAUAUGAAUAAGUUAAUUAAUAUAAAUUAUAAAAUAAAUUUCUCCGGCCAACAGGCCGGGUAAAAAGCUAGUAUACUAUAUGUGUAUUAUCUACGGGGAACAUAGAUAUUGCAUGAAACUUUCAAAAGCCAAGAAGGAUAACACAAUAAAGAGAAACAAUAGGGGCAAAUAAUAUACAAUUUCUCACGGCAUACAAGGUACAAUAUCAGAGAAUAACUAAACGAAAUCCCAUAAUACAACACUAAUUAAAAA